GCACGAGCAGACAUGGGCACGACGCUGGCUUGGCGGUUCGCCUUCGGACUUUUAGUCCUGGCGCUUCUUUCGCCCUCUCAGGCAGAGGAUAAUAAAACUUCUACUACCCCGAUGCACAAUAAUCCAAACGUGACUUCUACGCCAUUUAGCAUGACCAAUACCACUACCAAGGGACAUGGAAACGCUCUUCAGUCAACUGCUGGCCUCUUCAUUCUCUCAGUCUCUUUCCUGUAUAUUUGUUAAAACACUCUGUCUGGGAAAACAACAUCAUUCCCUACCCAGUUCCCUGAACAAUCUAAGAUGGUGAAAUCUUCAUAUUCUAGUGUGAGAUU